UAUGCGGGCAGAUGUUCCCAGGUCAACUGUUCGCAAGGCUGGUAGAGGAAUGCCAACUUUGAUCUACAUAUACAGUGUUGCCCGAACAACUUUCAAAGGUCAUUGCCUUGAUGUCCUGGUAUCUUGGAUUGUCCAAGUUGGGAUAGAUACAUGGCGACUCUUUAAAUCAAAGGAUGAAAUGGAACAAAAAGUUAGGAUGCUUGGAAAGAAGGUUUACAUUGCUACGGUUAGGUGUGGUGCAUCUCUUGUUUUCAUGGCAAUCGGGGCCGGAAUAGGAGCUUCAUUCCUUCCCCCUUCAACCGGGCAGAGUAUAGGAUGUGCAAUUGGGGGAAUGUUGCUGGACUACCUGGACCCAUCAUUGUUUCAAUGUGCUUCCAACAUUAAAUCAUUCAAGUAAGAGAGAGAUUCAAGACAUGAUUGCUC